GAGGAAAAAUGUUCAUAUAAAUCGAGUGCACAUUUUCUUUAGUACGAUAUGCGAGAAGGCGCGCGUGCGCAACAUGCUCCUGACCAACUGACUCCUUAUACUGCACGUAUAUUUGUUACUAGUGUUUUAAUAAAGUGACAAAAUGUUUGUGUGGUUAUUGCUCCUGGUUUUUGUGCUGUGGAUGAUCACUGAGUGGGCCAAAAGGAGACACAUGGUUAAGCUGGCCGCGGCUCUACCUGGACCUAAGUCUGAACUGCCUGGACUUGGUAUUGCACACAAGUUCAUGGGUGAUACUGAAGCUAUCAUGCAUUCGCUGCAACAAUACAGUUACGAGAGCAUGGAGAACAAUGGUGUCCUGAGAGGCUGGCUGGGAAACACGCUGUUUUUUAUCGUCGUUAAUCCCGUUGACCUCGAGAUGGUGCUGAAGACUUGUCUAGAAAAGGAUGAUCUUCACAGGUUCAUCAGGAAAAUUAUAGGGAAUGGUGGAAUUUUCGCUCCAGUGCCCAUCUGGCGUCGUCGUAGAAAGAUCCUUGUUCCAGCCUUCAGUCCUAAAGUAGUAGAGAACUUUGUCCAAGUGUUCGUGGAACAGAGCGAUAAGUUAGUGAAGCAGCUCUCGCGAUGCAGUGGCAAAGGAAAGUUCCAAGCCUGGCCAUUCCUCAGCACCUACACUCUGGAUUCUGUGUGCGAAACGGCAAUAGGUGUGAAAAUUAAUGCGCAAGGGAAUCCAGACUCGCCCUUCCUAAGAGCUAUGUGCGAUAUUCUAAAUAUGGUUUGUAAGAGAAUUUUCCAUUUGUGGCUGCAGCCGGAUUGGCUGUUCAAGAUGUUUCCAAUGUACAAGAAACACCAAGCGUGUAUAAAAACUAUGCACGAUUUCACAAAUCGGGUUAUUGAAAAGAAGAGAGAAGAAUUAAAAAGAGAAAAGGACUCUCAAACAGAGGUGGACCAUGAAUAUGAUUUAGGGGCAUACAAGAAACAAACAUUCCUAGACUUACUGAUACACUUAUCUGGUGCUGAAAAUGGGUACACCAACGAAGAAUUGAGAGAGGAGGUAUUAACCCUUACUGUUGCUGGUACCGAUACCUCAGCUGUUGCAAUUGGCUUUACUCUUCAGCUACUUGGAAAAUAUCCAGAGAUCCAGGAGAAAGUAUAUCAAGAAUUGUGCGAGGUAUUUGAAGAUGACAGAAUGUUAGUCAAAGAAGAUUUAAUGAAGUUGAAAUAUCUAGAGAGAGUAGUCAAGGAGUCUUUGCGACUCUUCCCUCCCGUGCCUCUUAUUAUAAGGAAAGUCUUAGAAGACAUUACGUUGCCUUCGGGACGCGUCCUUCCCGCUGGUUCAGGCGUAGCCUGCUCAAUAUGGGGUGUCCACAGGGAUCCUAAAUACUGGGGUCCUGAUGCCGAGAAAUUUGACCCCGACAGAUUCUUGCCAGAACGAUUUAAUCUUGAACAUGCUUGCAGUUAUAUGCCCUUCAGUAAUGGUCCUAGGAACUGCGUUGGUUAUCAAUAUGCAUUAAUGUCAAUAAAGACUACAUUGUCAACAAUAUUGCGCAAAUAUAAGGUAAUUAUGGACGUUGAACAGAGCCCUAAUCCUUCUAUCAGAGUCAAAAUAGAUAUCAUGAUGAAAGCAGUCGAUGGAUACGAAGUGAGACUCGAAAAACGCGAACGGAAUCCACAAGUAUGACGUUUCAAAAGCGCGGGAAAAGUGACAUUAGCUUUUUUAUAGUUUUUUACCUGCCAGCUGUAAAUAUUUUUGUUAUUAACUUUUUUUGUAUUGCGUUAUAGUAUAUACAGCCAGG